CCCUCCGCUUCGUCAGGCCCGGGGUGGCAAGGGCACGGGGGAGGGGGCUUGUGCUCUGGGGGAUGUGGCGGUCUUUUUCGGCCGCGCAGAUGCGGUGCUGGCCUGGCCACUGUGCCCGCCUGGCAGGGAAACGUCGGGGAUCCGGGUGCACGAAGGCAGCGUUGGCGGGGGUCGCUGUUCUGGCGCGGUUCAGCACCCGCCGGCCGGCCUGCUGGGGCUUAAAGCCCGUUUUGUGAAAAUGGGAGGUUGCUCCCUAGCUUGCUUUUGCGGCGGGAUGGCUGAGGGCAAGCGAACCCCGAGCCUCUGGGCCUGGGCCCGGGCCCGCCAGCAGGAUGUCCGCCAAAGGGUUUGGAAGCAUCUGAAGCCCCAUGCGGGGGUGGAGGAUGCUUGCUAUUAGCAGGGCCACAUGUGGGUCUUGAAUGACUCAGGGAUCUGGAGUCGAUUUGGCUGAUUUGACUUGGGACAUGAAAAGUUUUCCUAAAAAAAAAAAAAGAGAGAGAGGAUGUGGCAGGAGAAAUACCAUGACCAUGAUGGUGGUAAGGAAAAUACUUUGACCGAGGUAACACAAUUAAUAUGGCACUGGGUAGUGGAGGGUUGCACCCUUGUUUGCUUGCAGGCAGGACUCCCUACGAGAGCUUCAUAGUUAGCGUACCACUGACCAAAUUACAGCGAGGGGAUCUCGGCUGCACAUGGACUGUAUGGAAAUGGGAGACUCCUCUCUAGCUUGCGCUUGGAGCCAUACGGUGGAGGGCAAACGAGGCUUAGGGGCAUCUAAACCAAGCUUCCGCACUUGGGCUUGCACAUAGGACUCCUGACAAAGGAUUUGGAGGUUUCUGAAGCCCCUGGCUGGAGUGGAUGACGCUUACCGGUAUCAGAGCCACAUAUGGUUCUUGAAUGAGUCAAACAGAUUUGGACCUGAUCUGGCUAAUUUGACCUAGGACACGAAAAAUUUUCCUUAAAAAAAAAUAAAAAAUGUGGCUGUCUGUGGCAAGAGGGUGAGUGAGGUCUGAUCCAUGGCUAGAUCAGGCACUGAGCUGAUCCACAGGCCAGUUUGGGCCCUCAGAGUACACGCAAAUGCGGCUGGCAUUGUGUGCCUAGGACCGGCCCAGAGUGCAGCCAUCAGGGUGCACCCCACACCAGCCCCCACUUCCUGUGCAGCAUGCAGGGCUGGUCCCUCACACACCACAGUGACACGUGGGUCCACUCCCAGACCCAUGGGCAACUGGUGCCUCCUGAGUCUGGGGCGGCGUCAGCAGAGCUGGUGAGCUCCUGCAGAUGCCUCCGGCAGUGGCAGGGACAGAGCUGGCAAGGUCCUGCAGACGCCUCCGGCAGUGGCAGGGGUAGAUCUGGCGAGCAUCUGCAGAUGCCACUUGCAGGAACAGCCCUGUCAGGUUUACGUUGAGCACUUGCAGAUGCCAGCAGUGGCGGGGAUGACUUGCAGAUGCCAGCGGUGGUGGAGGCGGGGAUGGCCCUGUCAGGAGGGGCAUGUGCCCCCCCCCAUGCCCUCCUUACUAGUUGCCUAUGCCCAGACCCAUGGGCAGCACCCAAGACCAGAUGAUAGGGCCCAGGGCCUGGAUCUGUGACACCCCUGAGUUGGUCUAUAAAGGUGCAAAUUUAUCCUGACAGUAACGUUGAAGCCAGGUUUCCAUGCCACACUAGAUUAUAGCUUGGUGGUUAGGGCGCUGUCCUGGGAAUCGGAAGAUAUGGGUUUGGCCCUGCUCAGGGGGAAGAGGACCUAGGGCAGAGGUAUCUAACAUGGCAUGUAGAGCCAUUUUAUCAGAGCCAGCAGGCUACCAAGUGGGCAGCCAGAAGUUGUAGGGCAUGGCCAGGGAGGAGUGGCCUGCUGCAGAAUUUGGGGAUCUUGAGCCCCAGUGGAUAUGCCAGUUUGGCAGAAGAGCGAGUGAGGGCUGAAACAGACCCAGUGGCCUUCCGGUCACUUCACCCAUUGCUACUGCUGUGGCCCUAUCCUCAGUCACUGGCCCUGAGACUGCGCAGCAUACCUCAUGCAGGAGCUGUCACUGCCAUGUGCCCUGUGCCAGAGCUGGAGCUCUUGGUGCAUCAUGAGGUACAUGGUAGCAGCAGCAGCUCUGACUCCAGCAUGUGGUAUGUGAUAUACAGCAGGAGCUACAGCCACAGCUGCAUGUAUGGAGCCAGAGCCCCUUGCAGAUCUAGCCUACAAGGAGCCCCACAGUCCGGAUCUGACCUGGAGCAGAAAGAGAGUUUGACACCCCUGCCCUACAUGUCAUGCUGUGCACAUUCUUGAGGUCAGUGCAGCUGUCAGUUAGGGGUCUUGGUCCAGGCAGGUGUCUCCCUGCUGGACAGUCUAUAUCCUGAGAUGACCAAAACACUUCCCUUGCACCCUGAAUCAGGUGUCUAAACUCUGAGGAUAAAUGGGAAUUCAGACACGCCACUCUGCCUAGGAUUUCCUAUUGGCCAGCUGUAAGCACCUCUGUGCCGAAUGACUAUGUGUAGGGACCUACCUGCUGUGAGGUUUUGUGGAUUUCAUGGAAACUGAAAUCUGGGAUUGUCCACAAAAUCUGCAAAAUCAACAAAAAAUUAAGAAUAUAAUGCUGGCUCUCCAGUGGGAGCCAGCAGCCCUUGCUGCCAGGAGGGAAAGGUGCUCACUGGCAGGGUGGCACAAAGGGCAGCAGACAAGUUAGCAGCUGCCCCCUCGUCUCUCCUCCCUCUGGGUCCUCUCCGCCAAUCAGUGCCUAGGGGCGGGGCCGCACAAAGGACAUCCAGCAAUCAAAAUGGCAGUUGCCUCCUCACCCCUCCUCCUCCAAUCAGCACCGAGGGGUGGGGCCUCUCUGCCAAUCAGCACCAAAGGGCUGGGCUGCCACAAAAUACCCACAAUAUCAGCUCUGUGCACCAUGAGUGGGUUGCAAAAAACCGUUUGUCUUGCUGUGAUUUAGGUAGGUCCCAAAUUACAUGGUCUGGAUUAUCCUUGGAAGGCAUCUAGGGGUAUGGCCAGAUUUACAUUUGGAACACUUCAUAGCCAAAGCACUCCAGCUUUAGCCCUUGAUGAAGCAGUGUUAAAAUUGGAGGUUUGUAUUUCCCAAUUUGUCCACAAGUAACAAUUAAAACUUAACAGCUGCUGCCCCUUUAAAAUGUUCCUCUUUUGAAGCCACUCCAAAUAUAUGUGUCCGUGAUCUAGGUCUCCCAUUCACUGUAUAUAAAGCUUAGUUGUGUAAGCUUGUCAAUUUGCAUCAAACUCUAGACAUAAAGCCCCUAAAUUUAAGGCGCUGCCAUGCCUUAAGUACAUUUUGUAUUGUGUCUGAAAUGUCUAAUACAUUUUUAAAGUGCUUAUAUUCCAUGGUCAUGGACACAGUAUAACAAUAUAGACAUAAAGGUUAAAACAUAACUACAUAACCAUUGAAAGCUGUAUUGCUUUGAGACCUCCGCUGACCGUGAAGACUUUGUUUUACAUCUCAUCCAAAAGACACCACCUUAGUAAUAGUGUGUUUCCACAACUUGUUUGGGCUGCAGUCAGUAGGGUGUUGGGUUACCUACUUCAGAAGGAUGUUGUGAGAAUUAAUUAAUUAAUAGUUGUAAAGAGCUUCACAGUCCUUGAGUGAAAGGCAGUAAAGAAGUGCAAACUAUUGUCGCUUUUCAGUCCUAUCUGAUAGCACUUUUAGCCUGUUGUGUCUGUUUCUGUAUGUGCCUGCAUUAGCUCCAUUGCUAAAAUAUAUUAAAAAGAAUGUUGGCAUUUGUCUUUUUUCAAGCAUAAAGAAUUGUUUUGCAUCUCAUUUUAUAUUCCAAAGAUUAAUCUAAUAACAAGUCUGUGCAGCAUCAAACACUAUUUAUAUACUUCAAUUACCAAGCUUGGAGAAUGGGUUAUCAUUUUCUAGUUUAUGAACAGUUCUGAUAGCAGGGACAGUGCUGACAUUUAGAAAAAAAAAAGCACCACGGCAAGCACCAGGAAAAAGUAAUUUGAUACAGCUGAGAUGACAGCAGAAUUCAGGUGCCAAUAAUAUAUUUUUUAUAUUCUGUGUCCCUUGCCCACAAAUAUUUAAAAUGUCAUAGCAAUCUAAAAAAACUGGAUCCUUCAUCUAAGUUUCUUCUAUGUGAUUAUGGUAAAGAAAUAGAUGUCAUUUGAGUAUGUCAAUUAAACCUCUGAUGAAACAAUAGUCGUGCAAUAGAUAUAGGAUUACUUUCUGCAGAGACAAGCUCCACUGCACUACAGUGUAGUGAAGUUCUUCUUUGCAACCAUUUCAGGAUGUUGUCGCAGCAAAUCUACAUUUCGGGCUUGAUUUUUAACCAUUCAGUUUAGCCUCUGGAGUUUAAAAGUGCAAUGAGAUAUAAAAGUCUAUGUUUUGAAGAAUUUGCAUCCCACUUGUGGAUUUCUAAGCAUCAGAAAAAUGGAAAAUAUAUCUAAUUACUGCAGAGAGGCCUUGGAGAGGAUUCCUUGAAACUACUAAGAUGCCUGGCUGCUUUAAAAAGACAUUGUUUGCACUGGCUUCUGCAAUGAGCUUUGUGUCUUUUAUCUUGAUUGUUGUUGCGAUGGGAACCCAAAAGUGGAUAACUGGAAAAAUUCUUUGUAAAACAGGAGCUGACUUGGUCAAUGCCACAGAUCCAGAACUAGUCAAGUUCACUGGAGAUAUUUACUAUGGACUCUUUCGUGGGGGCAAAGUACGACAGUGUGGGUUGGGUGGGCGGCGGUCCAAAUUCACACUCUUCCCACAUCUGGUCAAAAAGCUGAAUACAGGCCUUCAUGUGAUGAUUAUAAUCUUCCUAUGUGUCGCCAUUUCUUUUGCUCUGAUCAGUUUUGGAUUCUGCAUUCUCAACAUAAUCCAGGUUCCAUAUCGAGCUAUUAAAGGUCCAGCAGGUAUAUGCCUAUGGAAUUUACUUGCAGGUGGCUUUACAGCAUUGGCAGUCGCUAGCUUUAUAGCAGCUGUUAAACUUCAUCAUCUCACAGAAAGAAUUGCCAAUUUCCAGGAAAUUUUUCAGUUUCUAGUCUUGGAGGAACAGUAUGAAGGCUCUUUUUGGCUUUGUGUGGCAAGUGCUACAGCUCAUGGAGUAAAUUUGUUGCUAAUAGCCCUAAGUGCAAUUCGCUUCCCUGAAUUUAAGACUAAAACAGAAGAGGCAAAUGUUACAGCAGAAGACAUCAUGUACUAAUAACCUUCUCCAUCAUAAAAUUAGUUUUUUUGAAGUUAACUGUUGUGAUUAAAAGCAGCUCCUUGGUUCUGUAAUUUUUUUUAUUUGGAUGGAAAUUCUGGUUUCAUAAACAGUUAAAUUGCUACUGGCAGAAUACAUAGUAUUUUGAGGCCAGUUAAUGGUACCAGCAAUAGCAUUGGCUGGAAAACAAACUACAACAUCCGCACUGCUUAAAAGCUAUCCAAUAUGUAAAGUAAUGCAGUUACUUUCUAGAAUGUUUCCAUCUUUUCAAAAAUCUGAAGUAAAAUAUGAUUUCACAAACAUUGAACAGUGCUCUUUAGUUAAGAUAAAGAAGAUAACUGUAUCAUAAUACAUUGGCUUCCAAGCUAAUAGACUACAGUCUUAUUGCACAGCAUAGAGAACAGAUCCUGGACUUCUGUAUUAAACACAAUUGCAAAUUAGUUUCUCAGAUUGUUAAAAAAAUCUGAGGGGACCAAUGGAGUACCCUAUUCUUAUUGAUGUACUGAAGUUCUAGAAAGGUAAAUUAGCUAGGAGACUGAAAUCAAACUGGGAGCACAUGACUAAGGGCAUACAAUAAGAUUUUAAAAAUAAAAAAUAAAAGUCAAAAGCCAGAAACUAGAUAACCUAAAGAGUAUUCUGACAGAUAUAUUGGCUCAGGCCUCUGCCAAUUCUUGUUUUAUCUGAAAACAAAUGAAAAUAGCACAUAUGAAACACUAUUAAAUGAAAAACUUUUUAUUAAGA